AUGCUGACUACCGAUACAACUAUUCUGGUUGCAUCUCUAGCAGGAUACCUUCUAUUUUCUGGAAGUCAAGCCGGAUAUUUCCUUUAUAAUACAUUCGUCUAUUUAUUCAAAUCCAAAACACUAUCCACAAGAACUCUACAAAUGCAGAGGAAGUUUUUCAAGGCGCUGUGUAUCCAAGCUGCCAUCCCACUCAUGGCUGUAAUUUCUCCCUGCAUUUAUAUACAGGUGUCUGCUGGAUUGACCUAUGUUGAUAUGAUGUGGUCGAACUUUUCAAUGAUAUUGCUGAAUACUCAUGGAAUCUGGUCGACUCUUACCAUGUUAUGGGUUCAUAAAGCUUAUCGACAGACAAUGUUUGAAAUAUUUUUUUGCAAGAAACCAGUGUCAUCAGUAACUUCUACAUAUGCGAAUUCUAUCGUUAAACUAUGA